AUGUCUUUAUCAACAAUAUCAAAUAAUUACUUUUCAAUUAGGUUUGGCGAGUAUAGGACACCUCGAAUACCAUUCAACAAGUACAUAGACUUUGGUCAAAUUCAAAAAUAUGUAAAAGAGUGGUUGGAAGAAAAAUUACCAACAACGUAUCAUAUUGAAUUUUACAGUUGGAAAGCAAAAAAAUUUAUUGUUCUUGAUGAAAACGUAUUAAGAUAUGAAUACAAUCCAUUCCUAUUGGAUCUACGUCAGAAUGAUCAAAUUAUUGAUGCCAUCUCAGAUGAUGUAGCUUUGUUCAUAGUAGAUGAUUCAGACUCGAACUCUAAAGUUAAUGAACCAAUUGAAAAUCCAAGCUGUGACAUAUUAGCCCUUCAUUGUGAUAAUGAUAAAGACGAUGCAUUAUUAGAUCAAUUCGAUCUAAAUAAAUUUGAAGAUGUAUCAAAAAAUAAUAUUGCUAUAAGUGAUUUUCAAGAUGAUAAUGAUAAUUAUCUAUCAGAAGAAACUCUUCUAGAAAUCUUAGGAAGUCCAUUAUAUGAUUAUUUAAAUUCUGCUCAAAUUUUAAAUGAUAAAAGUUGUCAAAUUGCACUUAGCAAUGAACAAAAUAAUCAAUUAACAAGACCUCAUUUUUCACAUGAUGUUAAAACAUAUCAAAAAAAUAAUUAUUUAACUAAUGUAUUUCCAUUGGGUCAAGAAUCUAUUGAUAAAAGUAUUGUUAAUAAUACCAAAAAAGGUAUCAGUUGUGUUCAAGGUAUCAAGAAACAAGAAAAUGAAAGACUUCAGGUUUUACCAAAAAUUAAAGGUCUUCAACAAUUUCAAAAUGAACCUGAUACGGAUCUAUAUAUAUAUGGUGUACAUGAAGAAUUAAAAGAUAAUUAUUGUAUUUGGUAUGAACAUGCUGAUAAAAAAUUUUUAUUAUUAGAUGAAUUGAAACCAAAUGCAGUACCAAAUAAUCCAAUUAAAUUUAGUUUAAAUGAAAUUACUUUUACGAAAGAUGGUGAAUUUGAAUUAGAAAUAUAUAUGUUAACUAAAUGGGAGAAAAAUAAAAAUGAACUAAAACUUCAUCAAUUAGAUGAAACAAGUACUCAACAUUUACGUUCAGCUAUUCAUCAAACACAAACAACAAAAACACAUAUGCCACCAGUUCGUUUACUUGGUGUUCUCAAACGUGCUAAUAGUUUUGAUUGGAAUAAUUUUUUUUUAUCGGAUUUUAUUCAACCACCACCUGGAAACGCUUCUAAACGGAGUUCUUCUAGUGUUGAUUUAACAGUAGAUACAUAUGAACCAAAACCGAAAAAAACAGAGAGUACUCAGACUUAUUUCACCAUUAAUUAA